CUUAAUUUGCUGACGUUUCGUAGAAUAAUUCAGUUUGAGGCGGUGAACAAAAAAAAAAUAACAUUAAAUUAACUUAUUCAAACAAACAUGAGAAACUAAAAGCUAUACCAUAAAUAUUGAGGUUUUCAAAGGCAAUGUUCACAAAGAGACACAAAUCUUCAGUAACUGAAGAUCAGAUUCGGCCAAUAAAAUGUGCAAAAAUUGACUGCAAAGAUGACCGAAUCUAUUUUAUUGAUGGAUUGUUCCCGAAAAUUUCAAACUUAGAGUAUUUUCCGGCUGAAAUCCUAUCGAAGAUUUUUAGUAAAGUGAACGAUAUUGAUUUGAUGCGUUUGGCUCACAUUAGUUACCGAUUCGAUUCUAUCACGAAAAGUGUGUUUAAACAAAGAUAUACCAAGAAUUAUUUUCUGGUUGACGGAGAAACACUUUAUGAAGAACAGGUUCGUUCUUUGUUUAAACAUUUCGAAAAUGUUAUCACAUCAAUCAGUGCGCGCAUGAUAAAUAAUAUACAUGAUAAUCAUUGGAUCAUGCAACCAAAACGAGUGAAAAAGUUUAAAUUUCGUGAUUGUUCUUUCACCGAUUCACCAUAUACUUUUUCCCAACAUUCGAAUAUCACGCACUUAACACUUCGAAAGUGUGAUAUAGACAACUUAUCAUUAUCACAACUUCGUAAUUUACAAAAAUUAAAAAUAGAUGGUUCUGUCGAUGGAAAAUUUUUAUCGUUCAAAGAAAUGUGCAAAAAUAAUCCACAGCUUGAAAGUUUAAUUGUAUAUGGAUUGGGCGCGAAUGAUAUGAUGGAAUAUGUCAAAAUGGAUUUAAAUCAUUUAAAAGAGCUCCACAUAAUCGACAGAAAACCAAUAGAAUCAUUUGACUUAACAACACAGUCCAUGAACCGGUUGGAAUCGCUUGGAUUAUCGGUUGGUGAACGCUCAGUUCCAUUGCUAAGAGAACUUAGUGAUAAAUGUCCAAACAUCAAAACAUUGGCAUUGGCAUUGAAUACAACUCCCAGCUUUAUUGACUCUUAUUUUUCAGUUGAUGCUAUACACCGUUUUAAACAGGUUGAAUCGUUAACAUUGGUGUACAGAAUUAAUUCAACAAGAUUGCUAGAGAUCGCAAAAGGUUUACCGAAUUUGAGUCAAUUAUUCAUUGAAGUACAUUUUGAUACACUUCCUUUAUACUCCCACCAAAUUUUAGCACUUUUCCAAGAGUGUGUGCAUCUCAAUAAAUUUUGCUUAGAUCAAAUUUAUGGUCGGGUUGAACAAACUUACUUUUCUGAUAUCUUCCACAAUGACUUUCUUCUGGCCACAGAAAACCGAUCCAAUGACGUAAAGAUUGAGUUAAAAGAACAUGAUAAAACGGUAGCAACCGUCACCAAAGAAGCAAUCGUUUGGCGGAACAAGUUGGUGCAUUGGGUGGGUUAUGCAGCAACAUACAGUCAACUAAAUUUUCAUUUGCUAGAUUAUGAAUUGUUGGAUAUAAGUAGCCUGUGUACUCUAUGUAAUCGCUGGAAAGGAGUUGAUACAUUGAUUAAAAGAGCUGUGGAAAAGCGGUAUCGAGUUAAUGGAGAAGCGUUUAUCGCAACCAUAGGUGAAACAAGUGGCGAAGCAAUACAAACAUUUGGACAAUAUGUUAGAAAUAUCGAAAUCAAUCUCGAUGGAAGAGAUUUUGAAGAGAUUUGGUGGAAUCUUAUCGUUGAACACUGCGGAAAUGUAAUCAACAUGUGUGUUAAUGAACAUUUUGAUCCUUCGAAGAAUUCGUGCUUUGUACACAACCGAUCCAUGAAUUUUCCAGAACUACAGCAUUUUGAAUAUCGUUCAAAUAAAAAUUGGCAAAGAAACCAAAUUGACAAGGAAUCUAUUGUGUUUGAUGUAUCAAUAUUAUUUUCUUGCCAAAAUCUUGCAACCCUUCAAUUCCAUUCCGAUGUUCGGCUGAUCAACUAUCAAGUACCGGCACAUGCACUCAAUAAUUUAAUGGAUCUCAAAUUCCACACACGUAACAAGUCGAUUACGGAAUUUUUGAGCAAUCUGACAUUUAACAUCCAUCGAAAAAUUAAAUUUAAGUUCAAAGCUUGUUUCUCAUGA